CAAGUUUUUUAAUUAGAAUGCUAGUCUUUUCUAAUCUACUGGCCACGACAAGAAGCUGCUUUCACAUUCUUUGCUUCCCCUACAGCUCUUCCCAAACACACAAGAAACCUCCGGAAGUCUAAAAGGAACGUAUCUACUACUAUUGCGUGAUCCCUCCCUAGAACUCACAACUUGUAACCCAGCUUGGUUCAGCUUUGACCCCCCAAAAAGCGCCAAAAUCAAAGAUUGGUUGCUUUUUCGUUUCUUCUUACAAACACCCUCCGGUUUUCUCAGCAGCAAUUUCAGCAAAAAAACAACACUAGCACACUUUAUGAUUUGCAAUACCCACAAUAUUUUGUCCAAAAACCACAAUCCAAAGCAAACAAAAAAAAAACAAAACCCACAAACCGUUUUGUCCCAAAACCCACAAAUCCAAGCAAAGAUUUCAUCUUUCUUUGUUUCUAACAAAACCCACAAGCCAUUUUGUCCAAACCCCCACAAUUCAAAUCUUUCUUCGUUUCUGACAAAACCCACAAAACCAUUUCGUGAAGAAGAAUGAGCUGCCCAGCAAACAGCUUCAGCUACAAUGGAAGCCACUGUGCUUGUGCAGUUGGGUAUCUUCAGAACCGGACCAGCCACGCCUGCGUCCUCUUCACGGCUAACUCCACCAUCUCCACCGACGGCGGCGUCUCCGACGACUCUUUCGCCUUUGGCAUACCGCAGAGCAUCUUCUCCUUUGACUCCAUCAAGAAGUUCACGCAAUCCCAAGCCGUGUUCUUGGAGGCCACGCUUGUGUUGCUGCUUUCUUGGUUUGUGUUCUGCUUGUUUCUGAGGUGUACCAAGGUUGGGAAUGAUGGGAGGAGCAUCUGGUUCAGGCUUAGAUGGUGGGUUAGCAGAUUGGAUGUUUGCUUUGCCACUAGGCAUUGGCUGGAUGAUCAAAAGAUGGUUAAGAAACGGAAAACAGAACUUGGUGGAAUGUUUUCAACAGCAAGCUGGAUACUCUUUAUUGGUUUGUUUGCUGCGUUGCUCUACCAAAUCAUAACUAAGAGAAGUAUCGAGGUACAUAAUGUCAGAGCAUCAAAUGCACCUGAUUUGGCCUUGUUCAACAAUGACCUGGAAUUUAACAUAACCACUAUUUCUAGUAUGAGCUGUUCAAACUUACGUGAUCUUGGUACUUUGGUCACUGGAAAUCCUGGCUUCAUCGACUACAGAGUGGUUCCUCUGUCAAAAUUUGGGAACUACUCAUGUCAAAAUACAAGUGGAGGACCAAGGAUAACUCUUAGGUGCAAUAAUUGUCAACCAAUUCAAGACAAUAUGUACAUUUCCUGGCAGUUCACUGAUCUUCCUGAUAAUCCUGCUGCUGCUGUUGGAUUUCAGUUCAAUCUUACUACAAGGAGCCAUGCUAAUAAAAGACAUCUGAGUUUUGUUAGUGGAACCCUGAAGAAUGCAAGUACUUUGGAUGAUAGACCAGUUACAUUCAGAGGGAGUAAUACAAAUAUAUUGAAAUUCAGUUUAUUUCCGCGGAUAUACCGUAAUCUACAUGAUCUAAGGCUCAUCCAACCUUUGUUUCAUGCGUUUGUACCGGGUUCAUUCUUUAAUGACACAAGUCAGCUCCAAGCAUCCCUUCAAAGUCCGAAGGAUGGAAAACUUAACACUACAUUGUACAUCAACUUCCUCUCUGACUACAUUGUGGAGAUAGAUAAGCGAAAUAUUAUGGGUCCUGUGAGCUUCCUUGCGGAUCUUGGCGGCUUGUAUUGCAUCUCCAUUGGCAUAUUUUUCUACCUUCUGGUGCAAUGUGAGUUUAGGAUUAAAAAACUCCGGAAUGAAGAUAGUGUGCUGCGCACGAUCAGAAAUCGGCGGAAAGCUCAAGACCAUUGGGAUAAAUUGAGGAAAUAUGUGAUGUACACAUGGAACUGCAAAGCAUUGGAUGAAUGUUAUGAGAGCACAAACAACAGAUCAUUUUGCACUGUUUUCAGUACACAACCAGUACUCCGAAGUGGGACAUCACAGAAGCGAAUGCACCAUGAAGCAGAUACCAUUAGUUUUAACAGGAAACUCAGCUUAAAUAACAAGAAGACUGUCGUUCAAGAGUGCUUGGACACUGAUGGGGAUGUGGAAUUUUAUACAUCGAGAACUAGAGUGAACCCUCCGGAAAGUUCAUCAAAUUCUGGAGCUGGAGUUGGACCUCAUCUGCAAAGUGAAUUACUUGCCUCUACAAGGAAUGGAAAACAGCAAGGUGUUGCUUCGUGCGAGCAAGAUUCGUACCUGCCUAAAGCAUCAUCUCUCACAAAUGAUGAUAUCAUUCCUCCACCCCCUUCACUUGAACUGAAGGACCCUGCUGAAAUGGAUAUGUCUGAUGUUCAGAAGAAUCUUAAAAGUUUGUACGAGUACAAUGUGAUGCUUAGGGAAAAACUAGUAGAGGCUCAGUCUUUCUUCCAUUCUUUAGCUACAAACUCUUCAACAGAAGUCCAAACAUAGCCUUUCAGACAAGGAUAUAUACGUUUAUAGUGUGGUCGUUCCUUUUCAUGGAUAUAGUUUUUGUUAAUGAGUAGCCUACUGUUUUAUUUCUUUUUGAAACAUGUUUGCGGAGUUUUACAAUUUUUAAUUAAUUAAUUUUAUUAUUAUUAUUU